GCUGCGUUUGUCUGCGGAAGGAGGAAGCUGGCAGCGCGGGGGGCUUGCUCGGGGCCGGGAGAUCGGUGUCCAGGCUGUCACGUUGCCGUGGUAAAGAUUCGCGUUCUGUGACAAUCCAGCCCAGUGUCCGAAUGGGAUGCGUUCUUGGACGAAUGCCUAAGGCCUGUCUACUGGAAACUCACGGAGGUGGUAAAGGAUCAUUUGAUGUUUCUUAAGAUCCAGUGUGUCAAAAGAAGUGCCCACUUGGACUGUCCCAGUCUGAUGGAAGCAAUGGCAUCAACAUCCAGAGUCCCCAUAUCUUGGUAUUCACAUCCAGCAUAUGCAAGAUACUGGGAACAUUACCAUCAAGCAAUGUCUUGGAUGCGAAGCCACCGGAAGGCCUAUAGGAAGGCUAUGGAAUCCUAUUUCCGGUCCCUGUGGUACUUCCCUCCCACAGCGCUUCCCCACAGCUUUUGGGUUAACUCUCCUCAGGUCUUAUAUGAUUACUACAUGGCCUGUCAGGACUCAUACUGCAGUUAUUCACAUUUGGGAAGGUCUGUGCAACCUGCAUAUGAUGGAAAUCAGACCCAGGCUUCUACAAGUGAAGACCAAAGUUGGUUUGAAGAAGAAGAGCAGAUGGAGACAGAGUCUGAAGGUGGGAUAGUGUGUGACCUGAGCAAUAUGGAAAUCACUGAUGAACUCCGCCAGUAUUUUGCAGAGACUGAAAGGCACAGGGAAGAGCGGCGGCGGCAGCGGGAGCUGGAUGCUGAGCGCCUGCAGGAGUAUGUGAAUGCUGACCACGGCCUGUACUACAUGCGCCCCACAGUGAACCCUCCAACCGAGAAACCUGGUGAGCGGCGCAAGGCUGAGAUGAAGAUCUUGUAUGGGAAAAACGCCCCCAAGAUCCAGGCCAUGGAAACCGCAGUGCAGCUGAGCUUUGACAAGCACUGUGACAAACAUCAGCCUAAGUACUGGCCUGUCAUUCCCCUCAAAUUCUAAGCCCUAGGGCAUGGGGACUUUGGGGGAUAGUUUCUGAGCAGGGUCCCCAGCCUCAUUCCCUUCCCUUUGGAUCCACCCUCUUCAUCUCUCGCAUGCAUUUCUCAGGGAAAGAGGCCUUGGCACUAAGGUAUAACGUGUUCGCCAGAGUCCUAAAGGGUCCUCUGUGGGUUGAUGGAACGUUAGCCACUUAGCAAUCGAUACUGUGCCUGCAUGGGCAUUGUUUUGAUCAUUUUGUAUACAUUCCAGCAGGUUUUUGGUAUUGUUUUGGGGGGCUUUUUGCCAGUUCCUAGGCUUGACCUUAGGGCAUCACACCCUGGCAUUUUUUUGCUCAGAACUGGUGUUCUGCCCCUUGGGCCAUGCCUCUGCUUCCAGCUUCUCACUCUUUAAUUACAGAUAAGAGUUCCAAGGAUUUGUCUGCCCACGUAUCUUUGAACCAAGAUCCUCAGAGCUCAGCAUCCUGAGUAAUUAUGAUUAUAAGCAUAAGCUACGGAUACCUGGCUAUACCACAGUUUUGGAUGUUAUCAACAGGGUAUUCGUUUAUUAAAUUUCUUGCAGAGA